CGUACUAGGGCCCUCAGCGUCGCCAGGUUUCCGUCAGCAGCGGGAACGGCAAUCCCAGCGGUCCUCGGGGGUUGCGUCCGCGCCAGGGACUGGGCGGCUCUCAGGUCGCCGGCCUCCUCGUCAAGAGCGCGCUGCAGCGUGGGCGUUUCUUAGUUUUGCGUCCGGGACGGGCGCCUCGUGUCAGGGGAGAAUAGUCGUGGGAAGUGUUGGAGACGUGUCUCCUACCAGCCUGUGGGUGCACUGGGCGGGUCCCCGUCUCUGACCCGGCAGCUCCGCUUGUGCCUUGCUCCGUGCGGGGCCUCUCCGUGUGUCAGUCACUCAGUCCUUUCGAGGACCCCUCGUAGAGCUGGGACGGUGCCGGAGCGUGAAGGAGUUUGAGAAGCUGAAUCGUAUUGGGGAAGGCACCUAUGGCAUUGUAUGUGAGUGGCUACGGUGGCAGGCCUGGGACCCAGGGACUGUCCUGGCAGCAGCUGUGUCAGGGCUGGAAGGAGAGUGCAGAUCGGGCCCGGGAUACCCACACAGAUGAGAUUGUCGCCCUGAAGAAAGUGCGGAUGGACAAGGAAAAGGAUGGGGUCCCCAUCAGCAGUCUUCGAGAGAUCACACUGCUGCUUCGCCUCCGCCAUCCCAACAUUGUGGAGCUGAAGGAGGUGGUUGUGGGGAACCACCUGGAGAGCAUCUUCCUGGUGAUGGGCUACUGUGAGCAAGACCUGGCCAGCCUUCUGGAGAACAUGCCAACACCCUUCUCUGAGGCCCAGGUCAAGUGCAUCGUGCUGCAGGUGCUCCGGGGCCUCCAGUACCUGCACCGGAACUUCAUCAUCCACAGGGAUCUGAAGGUCUCUAACUUGCUCAUGACGGAUAAGGGCUGCGUGAAGACAGCGGAUUUUGGUCUGGCCCGGGCCUAUGGCAUCCCAGUGAAGCCAAUGACUCCCAAGGUGGUCACACUCUGGUACCGAGCCCCUGAACUGCUGCUGGGAACCACCACGCAGACCACCAGCAUCGACAUGUGCUCUGCCCCCAGCCUCCGCCCCAGCAGCUGGGGGACUGGUCCAGGCGGAGCCAAGGAGCUGAGAGGAGACCCCGCACUCCUCUGCAGGGCGGUGGGCUGCAUCCUGGCUGAACUGCUGGCCCAUAAGCCCCUUCUCCCCGGCACUUCUGAGAUCCACCAGGUGGACCUGAUCGUGCAGCUGCUGGGGACCCCCAGUGAGAACAUCUGGCCGGGCUUCUCUCAGCUGCCGCUGGCCAGCCAGUACAGCCUGCGGAAGCAGCCCUACAACAACCUGAAACAUAAGUUCCCGUGGCUCUCGGAGGCCGGCCUGCGCCUGAUGAACCUCCUCUUCAUGUACGACCCUAAGAAAAGGGCUACAGCCGGUGACUGCCUGGAGAGCUCCUACUUCAAGGAGAAGCCCCUGCCGUGCGAGCCGGAGCUCAUGCCCACCUUCCCCCACCACCGUAACAAGCGUGCCACCCCGGCCACAUCCUUGGGCACUGAGAGCCAGAGCCGGCGCUGCAGACCCUGAUGGGUGGAGGCACUCCAGCUGAGUAUGCCGCCUCCUGUGCCCCUGCCCACCUCUGCCCCGAGACAGCAGAGUGUGGACCUUGGGGGUGAUGCCAGUGGUACACUCUGAGGGCCCAGCCACCCAGAGGCCGGCCCACUGGACUGUGACGCCACGUUGUGGCUGGGCUGGGUCCCACCUGUGGCCAGGCUUCAGAUCCUCGGUUCCCAGGAGGAAAUCUGGCUGAGCCUGUCUUAAUGGGUGUUGCUGGCUUGGGACAAGCAGACCUCAGACCUCGUAUGGUCACUUUUGUCCCCAGUUGAUCCCCAGGAUCUGCCUGGAAUGGAGAGGCCAAGGUGACCCCCCUGGUGGGGCUGGGGGGACUCGGAGAGGGGAGGAGGGAUGGAGAUGUAGACUGAGUCUGAGCUGCUCUGAGACCCCUAGAGUGAGAACCUUGGGUUGUGCCCUGUGCCCACUCCCCACUUCUGAGGCCCAUGGAGAAUGGGGGUAGUCUGAGACAUAAAUGCUUUCCUCAGAUGGA